GUCAGUCGUGUGGAACCAGAGCGGCUGCCGGAGAGACAGACGCAGAGAGAGGCUGCUCAGAGCAGACGCCGGGUCAGAGCGCUCAGUUUGCUUCAGACAAUCACAGGGCAGAGAGAGACGAGUGCACAGGAAAAAGAGGUAGAACACCACAGAGAGAUAGGCUGCAGAGAGGGAGAGAGAGAGACAAGAGGGAGGUAAAUAUGUGACAGGAUGUGGUUUCCCUGAGCUUGCACAACAUACUUUGAGCAUGACCUAAACGCACCGAGUGUACAAGUGUGUUUGAGCUCCGUUAGGUGCUGAAGAGGGGGGAAAACGAAGCCAACCGCUGGAGCUGUUGUUUCUGCUUGUUUCUCAGACGGAGGAUUGUGUUUUCCCUUCAGAGAGCCCGCUCCUCUGCAACCUCCGUCAGCUUGUUGGACAAGAUCUGAAGCAGUGUUCUUGUCUUUCACACUUCUAAAGUAGAAUGAGAUAUUCUGACGGGAGUUCUGGAUUUGUCUCCAAGCAGUGAACUUCUCAACCAGAUUGUGAAACAGUAUCUGCAUAGGACUGACGAACUGUGGAGCCAUGGGCUGCGGACUGCGAAAGAUGAAACCGGCGUCAGACGAGAACAGUCCGGGAAAGAUUUACUCCACUCUCAAGAGACCACAAGUGGAGACCAAGGUGGGCGUGGCCUAUACAUACCGGUACCUGGACUUCCUGAUUGGCAAAGACGGUGGGACCUCAACACUGCGUCUCUCAUCGGUGCGGGAGCUGCCCGAUCAGCUCCAGGAGCUUUACCAGCAGGGUUUCGUCCUUGCGGCCGUCCAUCCAUUUAUCCAUCCCUGUGGUCCGCAGUCCAACAGCCUGCAGCACCAGCUCUACCGGGCCAUACUUGUCCGAAUCAAUGACGGGGUGGAAAGGAGCCAGCCAGUCUGCCCACCAAACAAGCUACUGCUGGAAGAGUGCCUGUCUGCGGAGCAGGUGCCCACUCCUGAGCUCAUCCAGGGCUACGUAAAGAAGCAGAUGCAGGAUUUUGCUGACCAGGGGGUGAUGUUUGUAGGAUUUGUCCAGGAGCCAUACGGAGCGCCUUGCACCCGGAUCAGAGAACCAGAGACCCCCUCCCUGUCUCUGCACUCCAGCCCCAGUUCUGUCCUUGGCUCCCUGGGUAGCUGCAGCCCAUCAAACCCCUCAAGCCCCAGAAACCAGCCAGAUCCUGGAGCAAAAAGUGACAGUACGGACAAAGAGGGGAACAUGCAAGCAUCCCGACUGGAUGUGGAGAGAAAUGAGAGCGAGAUCAAAAGUGAAAACCACUCAGGUUCUGGCGUAGGGGGCAUUCGGGACGGCAUCUCACCAGCAGCUUCUCCAUUAUCAGAGGGAGACCUGGAGAACAGCGAGGUUCUGACCGAGGAGGACUCGUCGUACCACAAUAACAACAAAGACAUCAUUGGAGACAGAAAGGAGAGGCCAAGAUACAGGAGAGGUGAUGGACUGGAACUGCUGGCUUUGUACAACAACCCGCCGGUCCGAGAGGGCCAGGUGAAAUACUACACUGUCAAAGUGCCACUGCGGGUUCAAAGCUAUGAAGAAGGCAUCAAAGGUGUGGAGGCCAACUGGUUGGAUCACAUGACCCAACACUUCAACAAUGGCGCCUCGCUGGUUGACGGAUAUUUCUACCUGGGCAACGGGAAAGAUCUACUGCCUAAAACAGUGGAAAGCGUCUUCAUCUUCCAAGAGGCGAGCGAGGGUGAGCCAAACGCUGCUGCACCAACAUAUGAUGCCAUUGUAGUGGAACAGUGGACCAUCAUUGAUGGUUUGCAGGUGAAAACUGAUUACGUUCCUCUACUUCAGUCACUGGCCACAUAUGGAUGGAGACUCACAUGCGUACUGCCAACUCCUGUAAUCAGAACUAACAGCGAUGGAAGUCUGUCCACCAAGCAGAUCGUUUUCCUGCAGAGACCGAUUGUUAGCCGGAAGAAGAGGGAAUCCAAGAAACUAAUCUUCAAGGCCCGAAGCAAGUCCAACAAAAACUGCAUCAAGGAUGUGGCGAAGAACAAGAAGAAAAAGACAAUAAUUGAGAAGGAUUCUGAGGAUCUGAAGAUCGCUGAUGACAGAGAGAAAGUUGGCAAGGAAGAGGAAAAGACUGUGACUGGAAGCACAAAUGCAGCACAGGUAGAGGCAGCAGGCAAAUCCAAGAAAGAGAGGAAGAUAAGGUGUGAAGAAGAUAAAAAGGCUGAUGCAGGGAUGGUAAUCAGCAUCGAGAAAGUCACACGGAAAGAUGAACCAGAGAAAAGUGAAGACAAAGUAGCAGAAAACUGCACCGAGGAGACAGAAAGCAAAGCUCCAGAUGGAGAGGUAUCGGAAGACAAUGGAGAGCCAUCAGGAAUGGAGGAGGUCGAGGAGAUCAAUGAAACAGUUGUGACUGUAGAGACACAGAGUGAGACCAAAGAAAAGGAGCUUGAGGGCACUUCAAAAGUUGAAUCUGUGAUAGAAAAUGGGAUAGAAACAGAUGAAGAGAAAGAUGACGGUGAAGAGAAUGAAAUCAAAACAGGGGAACCAGUGGAGGUUAUCGCAAAGGAGACUGUGGCAGAUCCAGCAACCACAGACCCAAGCCCAAUGGAGGCUCAGUAGUAGCACCAUGCAAGUCGAGCUUUUCCCAAUCAUACCUCUUAAAUUCCUCUCUUAAAAACUGAUUCCUGAAUCCAAAUUGAAGUGGGAGUGGGAGGAAAGGUUCCUCUGCACUGCUGCAGCAUCCUCCAAACCUCCCAUCUCACAUAUGAUUCCCCCAAAACCUGCAACAGUGUAGCUAAACAAAAGAAGACCAUGACAUCAGUUCUAUUGUAUAACCACAGAUACUGAAUGUAUUUAACAACACAGGGGAUGCCUCUGCAGGCGGGUCCAUGUGGAGUCCAAACACUGAAUGGAGGAAGGCAGAGGAAGAGAAGGAGAACAGUGAGAUGAAAAACCUCAAAAAGACUUGGUCACGGUUCCAGUAAGAGUGGCAGAUAAACCAGAGCUGCUUUGUUCACUAAACACUCACUAUUCACUAUAGACGGCUUAAGCUUUAGGUUUAGCCAGUAAACAGUCAAUGGAGCUUACUAGCUGUACCUGGAGGAUUUAAAAACAUUAAAUAUAUACAAAACAAAAGUAUUUGGAUAAAAUUGGAAAUUUAGAUAACAAGCUACAGUAGAUACCAUUUAUGAAGCUCAUCUGAGAUUUCUUCUAUUAUUUUUUUUAACCAACAUCAGGUUGCUCCAACCAUCUUCAUGAACCCUUAUGAAAGAGCUAAUUACAAUAUCUUUUCAUAUUUGUAAUUAGAGAAAAUGACUUUUGCUACAUGACUUUCUAGAGUGACCAAGUUUUCUGGUUGUGUCAGUUCUUCGUAAGGAAAUCACCACCUUUUAGAUAAUGAAGUUUGCCUAAAAUCUUGGCAAGACCCAGGUCUGUUUCCUCAACAUUAAAGAUAUUUUAAAGAGAGGAAAAGUCCCAGAAAAUGUUCUUGCAGGUCAUUCCUUGUUACAUUUUGAUCCAGGAUGCAGAGCAAAUUUAUAGGAGAGCUCUGUUAGAGGUGAUGGGAAAGGCAUUUGUUGCGACAGGCAAUCCAAAGCAGGCUGUGGAGAUCAUUGUUUACGCUGAGCUCUAAGCCGUCAAGUGCUUCAAAGAGAGCCGAUAAUCACUCUUUGGUAUGGUGUGCUAAGCUUACCUUGCAUACAGAAUGUUCCCAAUAAUAUUCCCAAGCCCAGCCAGACAAGAAAGUGAAAUUCAGCUGAAUGUUCGCACCUCAAGGACAGGAUGAGUAGUUAAGUUUCCUCUGUUAGCUUUACAUUCAGGAAAAAGGAUUUCUGCAUAAAAUGUGUAGUCGGGGGUUGCCUUUGUUCUGUAUUGAAGCCAGAAGUGAGAGCAGUGAAGGAGAAAGUGAGGUUGUAGUGAAAAAAGGGAAUAAAGAAGAAAUAAAGAAGGACCAGUGAGUGUGAAAGACUCAAAUAACGGAAACGAAUUGGUUCGUUUAAAGCAACGGUCGUUUGUAACCUGCAUUUCCUGCAGAGGUUUCUUUUGUUGCUUUACCUCCAUCUCUUUACGUACCUCUUACUGGACACAGUGUCUGACAUUAACUGAGUCAUAAUGUGCCGUAUCGCGGCUCUGCGUGGCUUUCCAUUUUAGAGCUGGAACAAGAGGGAGGGAGGAGGCGACGUUUACAGAGCGGGGCUCUCUGUGGAUCGCUAAUGGAUUUUGUCAGUGGGGGAUCUGUCAGUAAUCAUGCAUUUAUAAUGGGGGGGUCACUUGUUGGGGGCAGUUAUUGACAACAAAACACCUCAACAUGUCAAGUUUCACGUUUAAAAAGGAUGUCAUGGGGAUCCGUUUGCACCGGAGAGGACAAGCUUGAUUUAGAAAAUUACUUGCACCUCGUCGUAUUACCUGUUUUGUAAACUGUUAGCGUUUGGCUGAUUAAAAAGUACCUGCUGUCCUCGUAUAAUUUGUCACAAUUAUCCUUUUUGUGUUGUGAUAAUUAAUAUGUGGUUUCUCUGGAGAAGAAACUCCACAAUUUCAAGUGCUCUCCUGCCUCUGGUGAGAUUCCUUUAAAUGUAAAAUGGAAAAUGUUUUUGUGUAGAGUAGAAUAUAAAACUGUGACCAGUUUAGCCUUAUUACUAUACUGUAAAUGGCCCAGAAUCUGCUAUUAGAAAUGUUUUAUAGCAGCAUAUUGGUGAUUUAAGUGUUAUAUGUUUGUUAUAGUCAAACAGCAAAGUUUUGCUCCGGUUGAUGUUUUGAGGAUAUUAUUCCUGAAGUUAAGAGUGAAGGGAUGAAAAUGUUUAUCCAUGAGAAGGUAUUACAUUUUGUAUUAUUUUCUGACAUUUCUUGGACAUGUUCUUGAUUGUGAAUGUUUGGUUUUCAAGUAAAAAAAAGGCUUUAUGCUGCCUCUGCUUGUUCUGCUAAAGCUUGCAAAAAAUGUGUUGCUGACUGGUGCUUUGAGCUACCUCCUCAGGGCUGAUGUUGGCUUUCAGCUUUGGGGUCGCUACAAGAGCGACCUCUUGAAACAUAUGCUCCCUGUCCUCUACUGCUCCAAUAUGACUAUGAGCAUGAGGUCAUCUCUAAUGGCAGCCAAGGUCAAAGGUUUCUGAGUGAGAAUGGAUUUUUCUCAGCUGUACAAACAGGAGAUUGCAUGAGCACACCCUGACAUAUUUAUUUAAAGUGCUUUGUAUCUUGUUUUUUUAACAGAUUGAGAUUUCAUAGACACUCCUGAGUUCAUUUAGUCAGAAUGUGACCAGCAUGAAAUAACAUGCUAUUUCAAGUUGGUCAAUGAACAGCUCAAACCUUUUCUUUUAUUAUACUAAUUCAUAGCAAAUUAGUAUAAUCAAAAGAAUGUGAGCUGUUCUUAUCUUCCGUAAGUUUCAGUCGAAUUUAAUUUAAUUGAUAAAUUAGGAUAUUGAAAGCUUUGACUUAAUCAGAAUCUCAUGUAGAUUUAUUACCUCCAGAGUGAUAUGUUUCAAUCUUUCGAUUCUGCUCACCUUGAUAAUUAUGACUUGCAUCACAAGUCCAUGUAUGUGCAGUAAGUACUUGUUUGGGGCUCAUUUACCUGAAUUCAUGCAUAAAAGGGACAUAUUAUGCAAAAUUUACAUUUUGUAAGUGUUUGUACUUCCAUUUAGGUCUCCACCACUUCUAAAAUUAGCCCAAGCACUUAAAAGCUUAAGCAAUUUUUUUGUAAUUCUAGUUUGAAUGGAAAUGCAGGCAUUGACUGUCUCCUGGUAAGGGAGCAGUCUUCCCUGUGAUUGUCUAAGCUAUAACAUGCCCACAAUAUAACACUUUAGAGAUGUCAAACUCCAGUUAUUGAGGCCUGUGUAUUGUAACUUUAAGAUGUUGCAAAACAUAUAUCAAAUAAUUCAAUUAUUGGUGGAACUCUGUACAAUGUGAACACAUGAUGAAGAUUUGAUUCUGGUGUCCCAGGCAGGGACACAUCUAAAAGUUACAGGACAUCAGUCCUCGAGGACUGGAGUUAGCUUCAAGCUAUAAUUAUUAAAAGAAAAAGUAAUAAGUGCUUGGAAUAUAUUACUUAAGUGCUUGGAAUAUAUUACUCUUUGUGUAAUGAAUGUAUUCAUGAGUUUUAAUACUUGAUAAUGUUGAGAUUUUAACUGUUGUGAAUCAAUGUCGGUGCUCUUGCUUUCUUCUUCUUUUGUGACUUGAGCAUUCCCAUUUGGGUUUUUCUACCCAUAUAUUCCACAACAGAAGCAUAGUUUGAAGAGCAGAUUAGAUAUUUAGGUAAGCCUGAGUGACCUGACUGUUUUUUAUUCCGGCUCAACAGCAUGGACAACAGAACCUUUGACAGAGGACCUGACCCUGUCCCCUACCUGAGCCCUGCAGGGUACCGUCUCCUCAAUAAGAACUUACUAUUUAGGUUGCUGUGUAGUCUAGCCUCUAGCAUGAAUAUGCUCAAGGGAGUGUGAGUAAUUAUGGUUUUUCUUCUAUUAUUUUUGCCUGCUGUUAAUGUUAACACAGACAGGGAGACAAAAAGCAAGUCAGAACCUGACAUUUAAUCAGCUAAACGAUGCUGAACCAUGUUAACUCUGCCGUGUGUGAAAAGGAGGGGACCUUUGACGAAUGUUAGACUCAAAUAUACAUCUGUGCUCCCCUCUAUUUAUAGUAUGUGUGAGAAAUAUACAGCUUGCUGUCUUAUAUCAGCAUAAAUGUCUCUGAGCCUGAGUAGUGGCGCUGGUGCAAUCGCUCUUGGUAAUGCUAUAAAAAAACGCAAUGGUUCAUUUCCUGUGUGCUACAAUGAUGUGAAACAGACAAAGUAGAAGCGACAGAACAUAACACAAUAGGAUGCAGUCACAUUUUUUUCUUGUGUUGUCACUUUAGCUUUGCUCACAGCCUUUGGAAAAUGUAUUGUUAGAUUUUCUUUCUCUCUGAUGUAUUUUUUUAACACCUCAGCUGCCAUCUUGAAUGUUAAGUAUCUUCGAUCAUGUGCCGGUGUCACCUGCAUUGAUGUAGAAAAAGUAUUCUUUAUCUUUCCUAUUCUGAGUAUGUCAACAUUCCUACUGUACCUGGCAUCUGUACAAUUUGUAUAUUAUAAAAUGAUUUAUAUUUAAUGUG